UUCUCAAUCAUGGAACAUCAAGCCAAAGCCUACACGUUGCAAACAGUACAACUUACAAGCAAUAAAAGUGAUCAAAAUAAAGUGACGACAAGUAAAAAUCAAUUCAAACAGCCAUCACUUUCAACCAGUGAAAGUUCAUCUGACGAUUCCAUGCGUGCUUUGGAGAAUUUGAUAAUUUGUCCUAUUUGCCAAAAGCGGCUCAGUGCCCCGAGAAUGCUUCAGUGCCAACAUACCUUCUGCCUUGCGUGUCUUGAAUUGGCGUUUCAACAGCAAAAUCAAAAAGAUUAUAUUGUAUGCGCAACAUGUGAUAGCAUGCAAACGUUGAAUUCAACUUCCGGUGGAGUUUCGAGCCUUCCGCCUAAUCUGUAUAUUGAUUCAGUGCUGCAGGUCUUAAGAAGCCAACAGGAAGUUCCAAACUACCAAAGUCAAGAACAAGCGUUAUCAAUUGCUUCUACUGUGAAUAUUCCUGAUGAUGAGUUACACUCGAAAUGUUAUAAAUGUGAUACAAUCGGUAGUAUUAUGAUGCAAAAUUGUGGUCAUUGCAAACAAACACUAUGUGCAAUCUGUUGGCAAACCCAUAUGGAUGAACUUGACAAACAAGUCCGGCAACUCGAUGUCCAACUAAACUCGGCCAGUGAAAAAAUGGAUCAUAAAAUGAUCGCUUAUAAGAAUCGUUUCAGCGACAUAAGCAUACAGAUCAAGGAAUACUUUGAAGAACAAAUUGCAACUCUGCGAAACAAUGAGCGCUCGCUACUAGACGAAUCACAAAGAAUACUAAGCGACGGACUUUGUGCUCACGAACUGGUGAUGGAGAAGAUACGGAGCCUUAAGAUGACCAUCGGUGACGGUACGAUUGGCUCACAGGGUGAUCUUGUUCAACGAUUUCUGAAUUUACAUAAAGAAAUUUCGAUUGUCUUCGAAGAAAUUUCACACUGGGGCAAGGAGAUCAUAUUAUUCGAUCAGAAAAAUGCGAAACUGGAAGUAUUAGGUACACGUUGUGAAGAUGAAUCCAAAAACGCGAUUAGCGAAGACCAAGAAACACUCAAACCUAAGGUUUUAAACAUCGUACCAUUGGACACAUUCGAGGCUGUUCUGUCCUAUUAUGGAAACCACUCAUUCAAGCCGAAACUGUAUUGGAACAAAUGCCAUCGUCCGGCAGGUAUUGGAAUUGCACCGUGGAAUCUAGAUUCGAUUGGUCAACCGUUGCUUUACAUAGCAGGGGCAGAGAGUAAAACAAUAUUUAUUGUAAACAAAACUAAUGGCGAAAUAGUUCAACGAAUCUACCACGACGAAAUGGCAUACCCUAACGGUAUAACUUUUGAUCCAUCCAGGAAAGAGGUAUUCGUAACGGAUAAAUGGAAACACUGUAUCUUCGUCUUUUCGGCAAACGGUGCAUUUCUAAGGCAGCUUUGUGACAAAGGCGACCAGGAAGGAUGCUUGAGGUCACCCGAAGGAUUGACUGUUGCACCAAAUGGAUCUUUAUUCGUAUGUGACGCAGGAAACGACAGAAUUCAAUGUAUCAACUCGAUGACAGGCCGAAUGCUUUCCCAGUUCGGUCGCAUUCCAAAGGAUCAGCUGCUGAAAGCAACGCAAACAAAAAUACCAACACGUGACAUAGAUCUUAAAAGUCCGAUGGGUAUAGCGAUUUACAAGGACACGAUUCUAGUUCUGGACAGCGGAAAUCGUCGUGUUAAAGCAUUCAACAAACGUGGCGACAAGGUGUUGGAAUUUGGCCAAACUGGUUCGCUGGUGGGCCAGUUCCAACACCCAGAGGUAAUAGCAGUUGAUCCAAGUGGAUUCAUACUGGUAGGGGACGGAGGAAAUGCCAAAAUAUUGGUGUAUCGUCCGAACGGACAAUUUAUUACAGCACUUGGAGCACGGGGCGAGUCGCCCGGAAAAUUCAACUGGUUGUCUGGACUGUUUGUUAGCAGGGACCGUGAGAUUAUCAUCAGCGAUUACAAAAAUCAUACUGUGCAGGUAAUCGCAUAGAACGCCGUGUGUAGCGAAAGGAGAUUAGAGUUUUUAUUAUUAUUUCAUAUUUACAAAAAAAUAAAUCUUUCUUACAUAUACUUUUGUAGUAUAGUAUAAUAAAUAUCUAUCACCUUAAGUUACCGUUUGAAAUAA